AAAAAGGUUACGGAAAGAAGAACGAUUUUUGACGCAUUUGAGGCUUGAAAUCAAGAUUGAAGCAUCAUCUAAUGGAUUCAACACGCACCAAAGCACAAAACUCAGUUACGGAAGGCGAAAUUAACGAAGUUGUCGAAGUUAGGCGACCUGUUGUGCUUGGCCUUUUUGCAACGGCCAUUGUUCCAUCUGGUCAACCAAGAAGUCCUCCUAAUGUGCCGCAACCGAUAGAAAUUGACACAUCGUCUCAUUUUGCGACUGAUAGGGAAGAGAACGACAGAGAUGAGUUGAUCAAAUGGGCUCGAAGCGUGUCGCAAAGUUUAAGGUUCGCAAUUAUAGUUAGGCGAUCCGAUUCGGGCGAGAAGAGAAAGGCUCAAUUGGUGUUAGAGUGUGAACGUAGUGGGAAGUAUGUUCCAGCCAAGAAGAAGUUGAAAUCCGAUACCUCCGGAACAAGAAAAUGCGAAUGUCCUUUCCGACUCCGUGGGUAUUACAACAAGGCAACAAAACUAUGGCGUUUGACUGUUGUCAACGGUAUGCAUAACCACGAGUUGGACAAAGGGCUUGAAGGGCAUCUCGUGGCAGGGCGUUUGAAACCGCAAGAGAAGGAUUUUAUGGACGAGAUGACAAGGAAUGCGGUGGCUCCAAAAAACAUAUUGUCCACAUUAAAGGAGAGAGAUCCGGAAAACAAGACCUCUGCAAAGCAAGUGUACAACGCUCGUCAUAGGUACAGAGUUAAAAUGAGGGCGUCCAUGACUGAGAUGCAACACUUAUGCAAGAAGCUUGAUGAUAACAAGUACUACUACAAGUAUCGGACGGUUGUUGAAAAUGGAGUAGAACAUCUUCAAGAUAUAUUCUUUGCACAUCCGAGGUCCAUAACUUUAUUGAACUCUUUUCAUACUGUGCUGAUGAUGGACUCCACAUACAAAACCAGCAAGUACAAAAUGUCGCUGUUUGAGAUAGUCGGAUUCACUUCGACCGAGAAGACAUUCAACGUUGCUUUUGCCUGGCUCAGUAACGAAAAGGAAGACAACUUUAUAUGGGCUCUGCAACAACUACGUUGUUUGUUAAGGCGUGAGACAAAUUUGCCGAAGGUUAUCUUGACGGAUCCAGAUUUAGCUUUGAUGAAUGCUAUUCCGGCUGUGUUUCCAGAAGCGGCGGCGUUGGUUUGUCGGUUCCAUGUUAAGAAGAAUGUGAGGACCAAGGCAGCCGAGCUGGUCAAGGUGAGGGAUGGGGAAAAGGUCAAGGCGGCGGACAUGAGGGAAAGAGUCUGUUUGGCGUUCGAGGAUGUGUUAGAUUCGUCUACUGAGGCCGAGUAUACUGAAAAUGUUAUGGCUUUUAGGAAGUUAUGUGAGAGGUGGCCAAAAUUUGUUCGGUACGUUGAAGAGACAAUUUUGGACACCGACAAAGAGAAGCUCGUGAGUGCAUGGGUGGACAAGUAUAUGCACAUGGGCAACCAUACGACAAAUAGAGCCGAAAGCGCACACGGUGUUUUGAAAAGUUACUUGACCGACGGUCUCGGUGAUUUGGUGAAGGGUUGGGAAUCGAUUCACAGAAUGUUAGGCAAUCAAUUCACCCAAGUGCAAACUGAAUUUGGCCAGAACAUGUCUGUGUAUGGACACACAUACCGGAAGAAAACACUUUACUCGACUUUGAUGUUUAAAGUCUCUAGACGUGCAAUGAGAUAUAUCCACACUGAAUCAAAAAGAGUCGAGUUUACUGCUAUGGAUAGCAUGAAGUGUGGUUGUCUGAUGAGGACUAACUACGGGCUGCCAUGUGCGUGUUUGAUUGCCAAGAAACUGCACCACAAUAGGCCUAUUAGACUCGAUGAGGUUUACAAACAUUGGAAGAUAAUUUGUUUCCAAGAUGAAGAAGUUGGUGGCGACGUCGAGGACGAUUAUGCGUGCACGGCAGAGUGGCAAGCAAUUCAGGAACGAUUGAGGACAGCUGAUGUAAGCAUGAAAAAUGAGAUCCGAGAUCAACUCCGCAAGAUUGCGUAUCCUACAACCACCGAUGUGGAGCCUCCGACCACAAAUGUAAAAUCAAAAGGGGCUAAAAAGAAAAAGGUGGUCCGUGGAACAAGAUCCACCAGCAGAGAUAAGUCUCGAUGGGAGCAUGUUGAAGAAUAUUUCACGGAGACACAAGCGUCGCAAUCGUCAAAGCCGUCUCCGUCAAUUCCGUCCCACUCAAGGCCAUCAUCAUCACAACCUACCGCAUCAAACCCUAUGCCUACGGUGUCUGAAGCUCCGCUCACUGUGUCCAACCCAUUGCCACUAACCUCAUCAUCUCAAAUUUUUGGAAUUAACCACAUGCCAAAAUUCAUGCAUCCCUUCAUUGAAGAUAUCAUCAAGGUGGACGGCGACGGCUAUUGUGGUUACCGUGCCGUUGCAUUGGCUCAGAGAGGCAACGAAGAUGAUUUUGAACUGAUACGGUGCAACAUGAGCAGGGAGUUGCGAUUGAAUAAGGAUAUGUAUGUUGCUAUAUUUGGUUGCGAGGAGCGUUACCAAUAUAUCUGUGAUGCACUACUCCCACCCCCGAGGACGAGACAACGUACUAGUACUAGGAAUAGUGUUGCACCGAUGGAUAAAUGGUUCACGUUGCCGGAUAUGGGACAUAUCGUGGCCACCAUAUUGGAUACAGUAGUUGUUCAGCUCUCCAUACUUCAAAACGGCCCUUGUGAAACUUUUUUCCCAUUGCGUUCCAUUCCGUCACCAAACCCGUCUUCAAGGGUUAUUUGCCUUGGCGCGUUACCGGAUCACUAUGUUUUGGUAAAGCUUAAAGUUGGGUGUCCGAUACCCAAAUCAAACAAAUCGUGGAAGCAAUAUUGUGCUAAACAAAGUUUGGGCUGGGAAGCUUCAUUCACAUCUGCGCAGCAUAAGUUCGAGGAGAUGAUGAGCACCGAGAACGUUGUCAUCGUCAAAACAGUUGGUGCAGGCAGUAGAGAAACUCCGUUGGUGAUUGACUGA